AUGUUAGUCUCAUUGAAAUCACUUAUUUUCUUCGUAAUAUUAAUAAAAUGCAUUUUAUCAAUUGAAAUUUCUAAAUUAAAAUUAACUGAAAAUAAAUCAAAAUUAAAAAUUGAUUUAAACUACAAAACUUUAAUAAAUAAUAAUAAUAGCUCAGCUUAUUUACCUUAUUUAAAUUAUCGUGAUAAGCCUUACACAGUAUCAUGGGAUAAACGUUCAUUAAUUAUAAAUUCAGUUGAUAGAAUUUUAAUUCAAAGUGGUAGUCUUCAUUAUCCAAGAAUUCAUUAUUCAGAAUGGUUAAAUGUUAUUAAAUUAGCUAAGAGUACUGGUAUUAAUACAAUUGAUUGUUAUGUAUUUUGGGCGUAUCAUGAAUUAUUACCAAAUAUUUAUGAUUUUGAAAGUGAAAAUCGAAAUAUUUUAAAAUGGUUUGAUUUAUUAAAAUCAGAAGGUUUAUUUGUUUUAUUAAGAAUAGGUCCAUAUGUUGAUGCUGAAUAUAAUUAUGGCGGUUUACCGAUUUGGCUUCGUCAUUCAAAUUUUACCGGAAUCAUAUAUCGAACUUUAAAUCCACAAUGGUUAGUUCAAAUGCAAAAAUUUGUUGAAAUUAUAUUAAAAUUAAUAAAUCCUUAUUUAGCUGAAAAUGGUGGAAAUAUUUUUAUGUUACAAAUUGAAAAUGAAUAUGGAAAUGUUGAAUCUACUUAUGGUAAUUUAGGAUAUGAAUAUAUGUUAUGGUCAACUAUUAUGGCUCAAUCUAUUUGUAAUAAAUGUAUGUGGAUUAUGUGUAAACAAGUCGAUGCUCCUGAUACUAUUGUUAAUUCUUGUAAUGAUUAUUAUUGUCAUAAAUUUUUACCUAAUCAUUGGAAAAAAUUUCCUAAUCAAGUUGGUAUUUGGACUGAAAAUUGGAUUGGAUCACCCGGAUGGACAGGAUGGAAUAAUGGUAAACCUCAUAGACCAAUUCAAGAUUUUACAUAUGCAAUAACAGCUUUUAUUGCAGCUAGUGGAGGAAUGUAUAAUACUUAUAUGUUAUAUGGAGGAACAAAUUAUGAACGAAUGCAAAGUCAAGGUCAUACGGUUACUUAUAGUUUUGAUCCUCCAAUAUUAGAAAUUCAAAUACCAAAUCCAAAACAUUUUACUCAUUAUAAAAAUUUAGUUCAAACAAUUAAUUAUUAUGUACCGGCAUUAUUAGCAAAUGGAAAUAUUAUUGAUCCAAUAAUUAUAAAUUUAAAUAUUUCAAUUUAUGAAUAUGGAAAUUCAGUAACAUUUAUUUUAAAUAGUGGAAUGGAAAAUCAGUCUAUUUCAUAUAAAAAUAAUGAUUAUUUAAUUUGGGCAUGGAGUGCAUUAAUCAUUGAUGGUCAAACUUUGAAUAUUGUAUUUAAUUCAGCUGAUUUAUCUGAUAAUAUUCCACCCGUCAUUACAAAACAAUUUAAUUUCACUGAAUUUGAAUCAAUUCAAUUUUAUCCUGAAACAAAACUGAUGGAAAUAAAAAAUUAUGAUUUUAUUAUUUCAACUCAACUAUUAGAACAAAUAUCGGUGACUGAUGAUAAAUCUGAUUAUUUAAUUUACAGUACAAUAAUAACAUUUACUAAAGCUCAAGUAGAAAAUCAAUCAGUUUUAUUAACAAUUCCUUUGUAUAAUGAAGCCUUUUAUGUUUAUUUAAACGGAACUUUUUUAGAUUCAAAAUUUAGUUUCCAGGAUCGUCAGUAUGAAUUAAAUCUUAAUUUAACAAAUAUUAAAAAUCUUCAAUCGAACGUCAGUUAUGAAUUGCAAUUCAUUUCAUUAACAAUGGGUUUACCUCCGUAUGGAACAUUUUUAGAGCAAUCAUUACGUGGAAUAGCAGUUAAGCCAACUGAUAAAAUCUUUUUAGAUAAUACGUUAUUAAAUGAUGGUAAUAGACUAUGGAUACAUUCAGCAGGUUUGGUUGGUGAAAUAAAUCAUUUCUAUAAUUCUUCUAAGUCCGAUGAAUUAAAAUGGCUUAAUUAUUCAGAAUAUUCAAAUUCAACUUUAAAUUGGUUUAAACUAACAUUUCGAACUCCGACUAACAUAAUAACUGAUUCAGAUAAUUUAUAUCAAUUAAAUAUGAUGGGAAUGACUCGUGGAUGGCUAUAUUUAAAUGAUCAUAUUUUAAGUCGUUAUUGGACAAUUGUUGCUGAUAAUAAAACAAAUCCAUGCGAUGAAAUAUGCGAUUAUCGUGGUUCCUAUACACCGGCCAAAUGUAGAUUUGAUUGUCUAAAACCACAACAAAUUUUAUAUCAUUUUCCUAAAGAAUGGCUUACUCAAGAUAGAAACCAAUUAAAUCAAUUAAUUUUGUUUGAAGAAGGCAUUGCUGAUCCAACAAAAAUUUUUAUAUCGAUCACGGCUGUCAACAAUAAUGAAAAUAUCAUGAAAGAUAUCGUAGAAUAA